UAAAUCUUUAAAUAAUAGAGAAUCUUCCAAAAAUAAAUAAAAAAAUAAAUAACAAAUUUAAGAAUAAUUAAAAGGUAAAUGUUUUUAAGGAAAGUAGCUAGCGCAAUUGCCAAAAGUGCUGUUUAUUCUAGAGUAAGGUAAGAAACUCUGCUGAGUUAACAAACUUUAACUCAUAAUAAAAUUUAACUGAGAAAAAUCAUGCAAUUUUAGCCAAGUUAUGGAUUUGCUGUAAUAUCUCAGACUUAAAUGGAUGAGGUUAUGCAACUUUAUACUAACCUUAGAUAGAAGCCUAUUGAUUAAAUUUAUAGCGAGAGUCUUAAGGUAAUUAAGGAUAGCAAUGACAAUAUCAAAAACUAUCUAGUUUUUAAUUUAAUAACUAGAGCUGCUCUAGAGGCUAAGCACUUUGAUAAAGCAAUAGAAUUUUCUUUGCAGCAAGUUGAAUGUUUAUAAAAGGAAGAGAAAAAAAGUUUACAAAUAGCUACAUGCUUCUAUGACUUAAGUAUUCUUUACUUCUAAAAAUAAAAAAUGACAAUGGCAUUUUAAUACGCAUUCGAAGCUGAAGAAAUGGUUGACGAUCUCUAUCAAGAUAAUCCUAAAGAAUUUGAGCAUAUGUACCUUUAGGUGAAUAAUAACAUUUCAAAUCUUUUCCUCCAUUCGUAAAACUAUGAAAAAUCUCUAGAUUAUUCUAAUAUAGUAGUAAAAAUGGAAGCAUAAGACAACACAUAAAAUUUAUUGCAGAAAUUUACAGGUCUUAAUCUUUAAACAUAAGCUUAUCAAGCUAUAAAUAAUGAUCAAUAGGCUCAUUUAGCAGUCGAAAAAGCAUACAUUUUGGCAAAAAAACCUAAUUUAGAAGCUCACAGAGCCUAUCUCUUCGCAACAGUUGGCUAUAUUUUUUCCGAACUUAAGCUUUUUGAAAGAGCUAAAACUGUGUUAAAUGAAUCUAUUGAAAUUUACUAAAAGGUUUAAGGAGAAGGAUCAAGAAAUAUCAAGAAUUUAUAAUAAAAAAUUAGAGAAAUAGAAGAGACAGAGAAGAUCUAAAAUAUGCAUUAAUAAACGGUUUAACCUUUAGAUUAAGCUAAAAUCAAUUUAAACUAAUCAAAUUAUUAACAAACAAAGUAAUAGUAAAAAAAUAAACCUCAAGAAGAGCCUAUAAACUAAGAUAUGGCAACUACCUACUUUAAAAAAGGAAUGUAUAAAGAAGCUCAAGCUGAAUUUGAAAAAUAUAUAUAGCAAAUAGAUUAAAUGCCUGAAAAUGAACGCAAGCAAUAUAAAGGAACUCUCUUAAAUAGAAUUUUCACUUGCUAAUAUUUAUAAAACUAAUAUGAUGAAAGCUUAGUAACUGCUUUAGAGAGUUUAUAGUGUGUUAUAGAUGACAAUGACUCAACUAGAAAGGCUAAAGCUUUCUAAAACGUAGGAAUAGCAUAUGAAAAAACAGGUGAUGUGUUAAAAUCAAUUGAAUAUUUUUAAAAAGCACUUAACUUACUUGACGAAAAAACCCCUAAUUUAGACAAAUACUAAAUUUUAGUUAAUCUUAUGAGAUUGCACAAAAUUACAGAAGAGUACGAUCUUUCUGUCAAAUACGGUGAAUCAAUUCUAAAUAUUAUUAAUUCUUCAUAACUGGCUGACAUCGAAAUAGGUAGAUUUAAAGCAGGUUUAAGCGAAGCUUAUUAUUUGAAUGGUCAGUUUGAAUAGUCAUUUAAGAUGGGAGAAAAAGCGUUAAAAAUUAUAGAAAAAACUGAAAAUGGUUCGAAGCAGCACCUUUAUUGUUGCUAUUAGCUACUUAAAUCCUAUCAGGAAGAAUAAUACUUAGAAAAAAUAGAGUAAGCUGGUAAAAAAUGUUUAGAACUUCAUUCUAAAAUUGUUGGAGUAAACUCUUUUGAUGAAAUAAAAUACCAAACUUAUAAAAUAUUAGCUAACUUUUAUGUCAUCUUUGGAAAGUACGAUGAGGUCAUGAAGUACUUAGAUCCUCUCAUAAAUUAAACAAAGAAUUCUGUUGAAUAUGCUGAUGAAUAUAUUUCGUUCUUAAUUUUAAAAGCAUAAAUUCAAUAAUCUUUAGAGGAGUAUUUCAACGCUCUUGAAUUAACUAAAAAUAUAUUUUAAAUUUUAAAAGAGUAAAGCAAUGGUAGAAUACCUUUUAAUGACGAAACAAUAAAAUUAUAUACACUAAGAUACCAACUUUAAUAUUAAAAUAUUAACAUGACUGAAUUCGCUAAUAGCGUAAUCGAAUUUGUUGAAAUCCUAAAUAGAGAAAGCAGUGAAAAAGAUUAUUUAACAGAAUAUAUUAUUUAAACCAAUACUGUUAUUAACUAGUUCAUUUAGCAUCAUAAAGAAGAAUAUCCUGAAAUUUGCUAAAAAUUAUAAAAAUAUAUUUGAAUAAGAUGAAGAAGAAUUCAAAGUUAGUAUUUUAUUUAAAAUAUUAAAUUAUAUAAAAUUAACAAUCUAAAAAUUCAUAUCACCAUUUAUUUGUUUUUAAAACUAUUAAAAUUUAUUACAUUUUUGCAACUCUAUUUUAUUUAUUUAAAAAAAAAUAUUUUUUAAUCAAUUAAAUAUUUCUUUUAAUACUCAUUAAAUAAAAUUCAUCAAAUAGCAAAA